AUGGCGUUCAUGGAGAAGCCGCCGGCCGGCAAGGUGCUGCUGGACGACACGGCGCCGCUGAGCGCGGGGAUCGAGGCAAGCCAGAGCCUACACUCGCACACGGAGUACAUCAUUCGCGUGCAGAGAGGAAUCGCCAUAGAGAACAGCUGGCAGAUCGUGAGACGCUACAGCGACUUCGACUUACUCAACAGCAGCCUGCAGAUUUCAGGUCUGAGCCUACCUCUUCCUCCCAAAAAACUGAUCGGCAACAUGGACCGCGAGUUCAUCGCUGAAAGACAGAAAGGACUCCAGAACUAUCUCAACGUCAUCACCACAAAUCACAUCCUGUCCAACUGUGAACUGGUGAAGAAGUUUCUAGACCCCAAUAACUAUUCUGCCAACUAUACCGAGAUUGCCUUGCAGCAGGUCUCCAUGUUCUUUCGCUCGGAGCCCAAGUGGGAGGUGGUGGAGCCCCUGAAGGACAUAGGCUGGAGGAUCCGCAAGAGAUAUUUCCUCAUGAAAAGCAAGAACCAACCCAAGGAGCGGCUCGUGCUCAGCUGGGCUGACCUGGGCCCGGACAAGUACCUGGCAGACAAGGACUUCCAAUGGCUCAUCCGGCUCCUGCCCUCCUGCUCGCACCCCCACAUCUACCGGGUCACCUUUGCCACGGCCAGCGAGUCGUCCGCUCUGGUCAUUCGGACGUUCAAUGAAAGGGGAACCCUGAAGGACCUCAUCUACAAGGCAAAGCCCAAAGAGCCCUUCCUGAGGAAGUACUGCAGCCCGCGGAAGGCGCAGGGCCUCGAGCUGGCGCACAUCAAGGCCUUCGGACGGCAGAUCCUGGAGGCACUCAAGUUCCUCCAUGAGAAGGGCUUCCCCUACGGCCACCUUCACUCAGCCAACGUGAUGCUGGAGGGAGACACGUGCCGGCUGCUGGACCUCGAGAACUCCCUGCUGGGCCUCCCCUCCUUCUACCGAGCCUACUUCUCGCAGUUUAGGAAGAUCAACACCUUGGAGAGUGUGGACGUGCACUGCUUCGGACACCUGCUGUACGAGAUGACGUAUGGGCGGCCCCCCGACGCCGUGCCGGUGGACACGUUCCCUCCCGGCCCCUCCGAGGCCGUGGUGUCUGUGCUAGAGGCUGUGCUGUCUCAGGAAGCCUGCAAGAAUGGUGUGCCCAGCGUCUCCCGCCUCCUGCAAAUGCCGUUGUUCAGUGACGUUUUCUUAACCAGUGCUGAGAAGCCACAAUUUAAGAUCCCCACAAAGCUAAAAGAGGCAUUGAAGAUCGCCAAAGAAUGCAUAGAGAAGAGGCUCGUUGAAGAGCAGAAACUGAUUCACCAGCAUCGCAGACUGACGAGAGCCAAGUCUCACCAUGGCUCCGAGGAGGAGCGGAGGAGGAGGAAGAUCCUGGCCCGGAAGAAAUCGAAGCGCUCCACAUUUGAGAGCAGCGAAGAGCACUCGGCCAAGUACAGCAACUCCAACAACUCAGGAUCUGGGGCGAGUUCUCCACUGACAUCACCGUCAUCUCCAACUCCCCCCUCGACAGCAGCUGUGUUGUGGGUAAAUGAAGUUAUAGAAGGUACAUCGACGGUACCGCCUCCACCUGCACCUCCCCCUCCGCCCGGGGCUCCGCCGCCUCCUCCCCUGGAUGUGCCAACACCUCCGCUCUGCCCGCCUCCAUCUGUGAACGGCACCAGCCGAGGAGCCUUACUCAGCUCCAUUCAGAAUUUCCAGAAAGGUACUUUGAAGCGAGCCGAAACCUGUGACCACAGUGCCCCGAGGAUCUACUGACGCCCUUCCUGCUGGCCGCCACACCUCCGCACUGAGUGACUGGGCAGCCUGCGGGGUGGCACCGUGCGGACGCCACCCAGGAGUCCUCCCGAGAGGGAGACGAGGCGGCCACCCGUCGUGUGAGGAUGGCGGCCGGGCUUUUCUCUGGGCAUCCUCGCAAGGAGUCAGCGUCGUCCUACAACUGAAUCAGAAGCAGGCCAGCAGUGACAAGACUCGGACCAUGGCAGCAAGCGAGAAAGCGUGCCCUGAAUUCCAUCCACCCCAAAGGCCUUCCUUCCCCUUCUCUUCCCUUCCCGCCCUUCCACAAGCGCACGGCCCGUGUGCAGAAGAGAAGCCGGGCUCCUCCUCGGCCCCGUCCUCUGCGAGUUGUGACGGGGGUCCAGGAUUGUCCCAACAGCCCCUCGAGGCCCCCAGUGGCCACCUCCAAGAGAAGAGCAACGGGAGCCAUCCACCAGGAACGCGGAGUGAGUCGAAGGGAGGGUUUCUUUCAAUACACAUUUAACAUUGAAAUGACGAUCUUUGAAAAACUGAACAUAAAUUCUUAAUGUUGUUGAUUUGAAAAGAUCCUUUAUUUUAUGAUUUGCUUAAACCUUUAAACAAAUUGCACUUUAAAGGAUUAUAGAUAAUCCAUUUUGAAUUCGAGUCUACAUCAGUGUUUGUUACUAUGCAGAGAGAAUGUCAUUGUGUAUAAAGUUUCAUGUAACCUGUGAUAUAUAUUCAGUUGUAUUUUUUAUUAAAAUAAUAAACCAUGUCAAGAGAA